UUGUUAAAGUGUUUCUCUGUUUUGUGUGUUUGUGUCUUGUAUUCUUUCGCUCACUUCUCCCUUAAAGCUUUUGAUUCGAAUUCGAUCCCUCCUCCUUCGUCUUCUUCUUUCCAGAUAUUAUAAAAAGGUUUUUUCCCUGAUUGAUGGGAUUUUCAUUUUCUUCGACCCGUUCUGGUUACUUGACAGUCACAUUCCUUCUCGUUGUCUCUUGUCUUCUGUUGGGUUUCUUCACCAGUCCUGUUGAUUCGAGUGCCCUAAAACCUAAAUCUGAGCAUGAUUGUAGUGCCUUAACGCACUUUCAUGACUACAAAUCAAAGUGUGCCUACCUGAAAUCAAUUGAUCCAUGUGCUAAUCAAGGUUUCUUCGAUUACCUCUCUUUCCUCUAUUGUAAUUUCGAAGGAUUCCCAAUUUUGGGUCAGUUUCUUCUCUUCCUCUGGUUGCUUCUCUUGUUCUAUCUACUGGGUCAUACAGCUUCUGAGUACUUUUGUUCGUCUCUAGAAAGUCUCUCAAAGCUGCUUAAUUUGUCACCAACUGUUGCUGGGGUUACUCUUCUGUCGCUUGGGAAUGGUGCUCCUGAUUUGUUUGCAAGUUUGGUCUCUUUCAUGGGAGAAUCAAAGGGCACUUACGAUGUUGGUCUCAACACUGUUGUGGGAGGUUCUUCUUUUGUUACCUGUGUUGUUGUCGGGAUCAUUAGCAUUUCGUUGCAUAAGAGACGUGUAAGGAUCGAGAGAGCUGCUUUUAUAAGAGAUAUUUGCUUCUUCUGUGUGGCGAUUGGUUCUUUGGCUUUGAUUUUGGUCUAUGGAAAGAUCAAUUUCUGGGGUGCUCUUGGGUUUUGUUCAUUGUAUGCUGUUUAUGUUGCCUUUGUGUAUCUCUCUUGUAGAUUUGGUGGAGAAGGUUCUGAAUCUGAUAUUGAGUCAAUCCAUAAGCGUGGUAGUCUUAGUGAACCAAUCUUGCAGAGAGUUGGUCUUGAGCAUAUUGAAGAUAGUGGAGAGCAUCAGAUUGUUGAAGAUGGUGAUCAUCAGGGAUAUUACUACUGGAAAAGAUUGGUCAUUUGGGUAAUCACUCUGCCUCUCAACUUGCCAAGGAUAUUGACAAUUCCUGUUGUGAGUGAAGCCAACUGGUCUAAACCAUUAGCUGUAGCCUCAGUCACAUUUGCUCCGGUUCUGUUGUCGUUUCUAUGGAAUUGGAAGCGGGAGCCGACGAGUUUUGAAGCUGGAAUUGUUUAUCUAAUCGGGUGUUUGAUCGGUAUAGCUCUUGGUUUCGUUGCAGGAGCCACAACGAAGAAAGCAAGCCCACCAAAGAAAUGGUUAUUACCUUGGUUAGCAGGAGGGUUUGUAAUGAGCAUGACAUGGAGUUACAUAUCGGCGCAAGAGCUGGUUGCGCUUUUGACUUCACUAGGGUACAUUUUCGGGGUAAGCCCUUCGAUCCUAGGCCUAACGGUCCUUGCUUGGGGGAAUUCGAUAGGAGAUCUAAUAACAAAUGUGACAAUGGCGCUGCACGAUGGGAACGAAGGAGCUCAGGUAGCUGUAUCGGGAUGUUACGCCGGUCCAAUCUUCAAUACAUUGUUCGCUCUCGGGAUUUCGCUUGUGGGAUGCGCAUGGGAGGUUUAUCCGUCGAGCAUCAUAAUCAAGACAGACCCCCGUUUGUUGGAGAGUCUUGGGUUUCUGGUCAUAGGACUGGUCUGGUCGUUCUUGGUUCUGUUUAGUAACCGUAUGAGGCUUGGUGGUGUGAUGGGCAUAGGGCUUCUGGUCAUUUACUUGGCUUCAUUGUCUAUAAGAAUUAUGCAAACAGUUGGAGAUGCUCACUAACUUUGUUUAAACUUCAUAGUGUUCUUUUUUUUUUACAUAACAUGGGGUUUGUAUGAUAAUCUUCUUCUACUCUGUAAAAGUAAUCGAUUUUGUAAUGUAUAUGGAUAACUUAUGUAGAUUUGUAACUUAGGUUUUUCAUUAUCAUGUAUAUGAUACAAUCUCAAGUAAGUUUCAAUAAUACCAAAGUUAUAGUUUCAAUGA